AUGCAAGCGGCUGCAUUCGCUGGACCCAGACGAGCCCUGCUGCGCAACCAGGAUGGAAAUCACGAGGCGCUGAAGCUUUUCACGCAAGUACCAGCGAGGCCUCCUUGGUACAAAGAAGGCUGGUGCCUUUUCCGGAGUGAAGACGCUGCUGAGGGUGCCAGGGUGGCAGCUUUCGAUUUCGACAAGACGCUGCAUCAUGGAGGCAUGGCCUGGAGACUCAGCUCGGCCCAUAUCCCUGGACGACUGCGCCAGCUGCACGAGGAAGGCUACAGGAUCGUGAUCUUCUCGAACCAACAUGGACCUGGGCGCCAGCGCACGAGGGAAGCGAUGCAGGCUGAAGUCCGUGACAUAACUGCACGAUUUGACGACUUCGCCUCUUUCUGCCGGGUGCCGCUGCAGAUCUUCGUGGCUGCCGCGCGAGGGGACGUCGGUGACGCCUUCCGGAAACCAAACAUCGGAAUGUGGGAGCUGCUCUGCUCUUCACGCUGUAGCAGAGGAACACUACCUGAUCCGGCUCUGAGUUUCUACGUCGGGAAUUCUGCCGGUCGAAAGACCGACGGAAACGACGUGGAUAGGCAGUUUGCUCAGCGCCUGGGCCUGAAGUUCUACACCGAGGCUUUCCUGACCAGCAGAGGGGCUUAG